UCACAGAUGACAGGGCAGGAGCUUCCUAUUUUGGGCUCACAUUAUACAUUUUCACACUCAAACAUCUUUGAGAAAACAGAAGGAAGGAAUGCUGUUUUGAAAUGCACUAGAUGACCAGACAAUGUUCACAGACAGACCCGGUAUUAGAAAAUAUGAAUCCGCAAGUCUUGAAAAAAAAUUAAAGCCAAAAUAAUAAAAAAACAUGAGCAUGAAGAGCAACAAAGUAAAGUUGUUCUGUACGCUGACAAUGGCUAGAGGACAUCUGAUGUUGUGGAUCUUUACUCUGUGCGUUUCACUCGAUCCCACAGUUAGUCACAUUCCUGAACUAGAUGGAAAAAAGGUUUAUGAGAUUGUUCGGCCAAUCAGACUACAUGCGCUCCAAAAAAGAGAUUUAAAGUCAAGACCUGACACAGUGAAAUACGCUAUGACACUGGGCGGUAGAGACAUUGAAAUGCAUCUCCAGAAAAAUGAUGGCUUACUGACUAAAGACUACAGCGAGACCUACUAUACUGAAGAUGGGAUGCUUGUCACAACAACACCUGAAGAUCUGGACUUUUGCUAUUAUCAUGGGAAAAUAGUCAAUGACACUGAGUCGUUGGUUAGCAUGAGCACCUGCGAUGGAUUACGAGGCUAUUUCCAAACAGAGGAGCAGCGGUUUCUGAUUGAGCCAUUGUCCGAGGAUGGUGAUGGUGACCAUGCUGUCUACACGUUUGAAGAUGUAAAUGAAGAGACGCCUAGAGUGUGUGGAGUCACCAACACUACUUGGGACGUGAGCGAGGAAGGCGCUCCUCCACGCAUUCUCAAAAGCCGUUCUCGUUCCUCAGGCCCAACUUUGUCCCAGCGACAAAAAUACAUCGAGUUCUUCCUUGUGGCAGACAACAGAGAAUACCAGAAAAUGGACAGCGACAUGGAGAAGCUGAGAAAGAGGAUUUUUGAGAUCAUCAAUUACGUCAACAAUGCAUAUAAAGAAAUCAACACAUUUGUUGCUCUGACUGGAUUUGAAGUCUGGACAGAUAGCGAUAAAAUAACAGUGUCUCAGAAUGCUGGAUCUACCUUGGACAGCUUUACCAAGUGGAGGAACAACGAUCUCAUUAAAAGACAGCAGCACGACAAUGCUCACCUCCUCAGUGCAAUCGAUCUCGAAGGAGCAACUGUGGGUCUAGCUUACAUUGGAACACUGUGUGGAGGUCUUUCAACAGGGAUUGUGCAGGAUCACAACCCUAAGGCUAUAGCUGUGGGGGCUACCUUGGCCCAUGAGAUGGGGCACAAUCUGGGCAUGAAUCAUGACAGUAGCAGCUGCAUCUGUUCUGAUGGCACUUGCGUUAUGACAGCUGCUCUCAGCUAUUUCAUCCCUCAACACUUCAGCAGCUGCAGUACUACUAGCUAUGAAGACUACCUGAACAACAAAAACCCAGAAUGUCUUCUGAAUAUGCCCAGUCCAAAGGAACUGAUUCAACCACCUGUAUGUGGAAAUGGAUUUGUGGAGAAAGGAGAAGAAUGUGACUGUGGAACGCUACAGGAGUGUACAAACCCAUGCUGCAAUGCCACUACCUGCAAACUGACAGAAGGCUCACAAUGUGCCACAGGAGAAUGCUGUAAGAAUUGUAAGAUCAUGUCAGCCGCACAUGUGUGUCGUCCUAAAAAUGAUGAGUGUGAUUUGCCCGAGUCAUGCACUGGAAAAUCAGCCGAGUGUCCUGAAGAUGUCUUUACAGUCAAUGGACUUCCUUGCAAGAAUGGCCAAGGCUAUUGCUACAAUGGCCAGUGCCCACAGAGAGAGGAGCAGUGCUUUAAAAUGUGGGGUCCAACUGCUGUCCUGGCUCGAGAAUAUUGCUACAACCAGAACACAAGAGCAGAAUACUUCGCCUACUGCAAACGCAAUGGCAAUACAUAUAUUGCAUGCCAAAGACAAGAUGUAAUGUGUGGGAAACUGUUCUGUGAAAAUGGCAAUGACAGCCCCAAUUACGGACGGCUGGUAACAUUCUACGGAUGUAAAGCCACAUUCUACGGCGAGCCUGACAAGGAUUAUGGCCAAGUCGACACUGGCACCAAAUGUGGGGAAGGGAUGGUCUGUAACCAGAAUGAGUGUGUUGACAUAGAGACAGCUUACAAAGCGACAAACUGCUCAGCCAAGUGCAAAGGCCAUGCGGUUUGUGACCAUAGAAAGGAGUGCAGAUGUGAACCUGGAUGGCUGCCGCCAAAUUGUGACAGAACAGUAGAAAGUACUGGUGUGCCUAUUGGUGUGACAAUAGCCAUUGCUGUGGUUGUCUGUGUCCUGAUUGCGAUACUUCUUGGUCUGGCCGUCUUCUUUUACAAGCGCAGAAAGAGCACACCACAUUCAUUCAGCCAUCCAAGGCAACAGAAAGUUCAUGUAGUCAACAUCCCUGACUACAGCCAUCAGGCAACUCCAAAUCCAAAGCCAACUCCAAAUCCAAAGCCAUCUCCGGUAAUAAGGCCUACAGCACCUCCACCACCUCUACCCUCUUCAGUCCAAUCCAGAGCUCUGCAUAAUGAAUACUUAAAUGCACGCCAGGCUCUCAGACCACCUCCUCCAAGAGUGUGAUGUCUAGCACCUGUCAAACCCCAAGAAGCGGAACCAGCAGUUUGGAAUGGUCAGUCCCUCCAGAAAGCAUUGCAAGUGUGUUAGGAGACUGUGUAAAAGUUUGUCCUUGAGUUACAUGAUGAAUUUUAAGUCAUGUCUGUUUUAAACUGAAAACGCUAUUUUUUAAAUUUCACUCUAUUUAUUUGUACAGUCUGUUCCUGUAUAAUUGAGCCUGCCUUCUGUAAUGAUUUUUUUAUGAUUUUCAGUCAGCAAAUACCACAGCUGACUGACUUCCACUGAAAGUUCACGAGACAGUAGAUUUCUAAAAUGGUUUAUAAAAUUUCACACCCCUCUGUAAAGUCACUACCUCUCCUGGAUUUGAUUCUGUUCUAUUUUUUAAUGCAAAUUUUCUUAUAUGCUUAAAAUUUGCUUAAUGCUUUAAAAAUAACAUUUUGUGCUUACCUUUAAGUUUCACAUUUAUGAAAAGUUACUGUAUUAUAAAAUGCAAUGUGAAUGUUUGACUGAAUCUUAUUUGCAUGAUUUUAAAAGAAAAUAUG